CAAAAUAAAUUUGUGAAAUGUGACGAAAAAAAUUAAAAUGUCAUUUUCACGUGGCGCGGCGACUCCGCUAAUACUUUCGUUCGUGCGUCUUUUGGUGCCUAGUGGAGUUCGAGCCGGUGUGAACCAGUGCAGUAGCGACCCUAUUGCGAGCAGCAGUGUGGCAGCAGUCAACAAGUGCGUCAGGAACAUGUAUAUUGCCGAGGAACGCGGCUCGCAGUACGCGCCCGACUACCGGGUUUAUUUCAAGGAUGAGAGUGGGCCGAUCUCACCGUUUCACGAUAUCCCUCUGUGGGCCGAUCGAGCCGCGCGGAUCGCCAACAUGGUCGUGGAGGUGCCGCGCUGGUCUAACGCCAAGAUGGAGAUCAGCCGCGGAGAGCCACUGAACCCCAUCCUGCAGGACGUAAAGAAGGGCGCGCUACGUUACGUGGCCAACGUGUUCCCGCACCGCGGUUACAUCUGGAACUACGGCGCGCUGCCUCAGACCUGGGAGAACCCGCGGCACGUAGACCCGGGCACGCAGGCCAGAGGAGACAACGACCCCGUGGACGUCCUGGAGAUAGGCCAGAGAGUGGCCGGCCGGGGCGACGUGCUGCCCGUCAAGGUGCUGGGCGCGCUGGCGCUGGUGGACGAGGGCGAGACCGACUGGAAGCUCAUCGCCAUCGACACGCGCGACCCCCUGGCGCCCGAGCUGCGCGACGUCGCCGACGUGGAGAAGCACCUGCCCGGCCUGCUCAAGGCGACGGUGGAGUGGUUCCGCCUCUACAAGGUGCCCGACGGCAAGCCGCAGAACCAGUUCGCCUUCGGCGGCGAGGCCAAGGACGCCGACUUCGCGCACAAGGUCAUCGACGAGGUGCACGAGUUCUGGCGCGCGCUGGUGACGGGCGACGACGCCGACGCCGCCGACAUUUGCAGGACGAACGUGAGCGUGGACGGCAGCCCGCACCGCGUGGAGCGCGCCGAGGCGGCGGCCGUGCUGGCCAAGGCGCCGCCGCGCGCGCUGCCGCAGCCCGUCCCGGCCACGGUGGACAAGUGGCACUUCCUGGCCAACCUGUAGCGCCGCGCCGCCUGCCCUCGCCUCGCCCCGCACUGCUCCGCUUCGCCGAGGCCAGGCGCGGGCCCGCUCGCCAGCACGCUUUCCCGUAUUGCGCUAAACUGCCGUACGCUCGCGGUGCGGUCGCGGUUACUUUCUUUCGUACUACGACUUGAUACUUUUUUGACUGCUCGUUAGGAAAACCGAUAGGUAAGUGUAGGAAAGAUAUCGCUUUCGGCGAUUUUGUCAAAUUGCAUUUAUUGUUUGCUUCAGUACCGGCUAUCGAUUUGCACACGAUUUCUACUUAACACUGAACAAUAUCUAUGCAUUUUAACAAUAUGUCAGAAGAACGUGUUAUAGCAAAUUCAGAGCCCUUUAUGUUCGCUUUUGUGUACAACAAUGAAAACAAUGCAAAACAAUGUUUUCUGUAAUUUGUACAGGGUCAGAGCACGUCAAGCUUGACACUUAUCGCUUAAUUCCAACUCAAUGCCGCUUACGGUAAGAACGAUCUAAAGUACAAAGUGUCAAGCUUCACGUGUUCUUGGCUAUACGAUUACAAUAAAAAGAAAAAUAAAAUAAAAUAAAAUAAACGUCAGGGAACCAAACACCAAACCUUUCAGGUGUGUGGUGUGUUCCGUAACCCUUCGAUUGCACCUACGCCUGUCGCGCUGGUCCGAUAUCAAGUCUUUUGAAUAUCCUCACACUUACGUAACUUGUUUUUCACAUACGCUCUUGAUGCUGGUGCAGUUAUCUUACCGGCGUCAGUGGUUGCAGGGAAAUAUAUCGGGGUGUUGUUUGUGUGUGUGUUUGACACGGGGGUCCGUGUCAAAACACAUUCACCCCAAGAAGAGGGCCCCCUCUUCCUCCCUGACUGCGCACUGAAGCAAGCCUGCGUCUGGUUGUGCAAAGGCGCCUAGCAGGCGGUGCCGAGCUGCACGGUCGCAAUAGCGUGUCGCCUACACUGACAGUGCCGACGAUAUCUACUCCGUAUUAAACACUCGUAUACAGUAGUACAAACGCAAUGCUAACGCGUGCUGACAAGUGUUGUCCAACCCUAAUGAUUCAUUUGCGAAAUUAAAAACUCUAGAACGUCAAUACGAACAAACUAAAUGGUUUCAUACGAGGUUUAUAGGUAUAUUAUGUUAUAAUUAUUGUUUCUCUUAUAACUACUAAGAAUAAUGCAAGUGUAGUACCUUGGUUUUUUCAUUAUUUAUUAAUACCGGCCUACUAGUAGGUACAUGACUGUGAUUUCCUACUAAUAGUACCAUUUAUAAUUGUCGAUCCAUUCCUCAAUGUGCAAGGUUAUUCGUCUCGGCGAUUCAGUCAUGGCCAUGUAUGUAAUAUAAAAGUACAGUGUACAGUAAUUAUAUACCGAUCAUAAUUUAUUGUUGUAUUUUCAUUUUUUAACGGCAUGCCAACCGAUUUGGAAAUACCCCCUUGUAUGUGAUAUUCCAUAAGUGCAUUGUGCAUGCAUCAUCACAGAAACUGAGUUGUGACAUCAUCUAAAUACGCAAAGGUCCCACGAAAGUUUUCCUUUCUUAUCACCCAAUCAAUCGUUCUUUGAAAACUGGUUAUACCGUUGUUUACGACGAAAUUGAUAAAGAUUGCCAUUCGCUUCAAAGGAGUGUAUGAUUUCUCCUCCGGUAGUAGGUAUUGGAACUUGAUGAUAAGCGCUUUUUUAGUCAAUGGCGCUGAAUGUAGAGUACUUAGAUAUUCUGGAACCUGUAUCUUCGAUAUUUGGUAAAGGGUACGCGUCCAGUAGUGUGUAGAAUUAUUAUUAGAGCACUUGGUUCUGAAUUGUAAAAUUACCAGUCGAUGCGUGUUGAGUUCGCGAUUCUUUCUCCCGCUUAGGCCGGUCCCCGGUAUGCAGCAAAACGAAAUCAGC